UAAGUAUAUAUUUUUAUAUAAGGUGGUAACAACCAAACACAAACACACACAAAAAAAAAACAAAAAAAAAACCACAAAUUAAAGGAAAUAUGGACUAUGAAAUUGGCAACCCACGUUUUAAAUUCAGUUGAGAAUUGAGAGAGAGGGGAAGAGAGAAGCUCGAGCCUCGAACCUUGAACCUCGUGCACUUCUACAUAAACUUUGUAACGUCGUGACAAUGAAUAACUACCAUCAAUCCAACUCCCAAUCCCUAAUUUUUUUUUGUUUCCAAAAAAAACAAUUGUAAAUUUUCUGCAAAGAGCCCUAGUCUCUCUUCACUCUUCUCAUCUCCCGCCAACUCGCACCUGUUCUUCAUCUCCUUUCUCCUCCAAUUAAAACCACCAUCUUCCAUUUGUAUCACCACCUCUUGUCGGUGGCGCCGCUUCCGGGCACCUCGCCUUCUCUGCCGCUGCCGUUCCAGACGUUGACGACACUGUAACUUGCUCUUCUAGCCAUGGAUUUUCUAGAUGAUCCCUUUGCUGAUCCUGUGGUUACCAAAGCUCCACCUACUGGUAGGUUUCAGCCUAAGGCUAAACCACGACCUAAGAAAGGACCAUUGGCAGCCGUUCGACCUGUCAUUACCAAAGCUACAAAGGAGCCGCCUUUAACAUCAGUUCCACAAGAUUCAGUCUUGGAUAAGUCUGUUCAGUCAAAUGAUCUCCUUGGAAAGGGAAAAACAUCAGACGCUCCUCAGAAUUCAUCCUUAACAGAUUAUGAAAGCUCAGGAAAUCUCCUUGAAAAAGGGAAAACAUCAGUUGAAGCAACAGAUUUGACAGGUUCAGCUAUUAUCGAGAAUUCAGAAAUUGCUGGUCUAUCCACAACAGAAGCUGGUUGUCAUGAUGAGACGUCGACUCAGAAUGAAGAGGAGUUAUCAGAUUUUCCCAAUGUUUCUUUUGCCAGUGCUUCACUGCUCAGGCCAUGUAAUGUACAAACUGCUCCUGAUCAGUCUAUAGACAAGACAUUCCAAGAUACUGACUUUCAGAUAGAUGUUGAGCAGCUGGAAGCAGGGGAUUUUUCUUGCCUCGACUCUAUAGAUAUAACGACUGAGGGUGCUGCUGCUUUUGAAAAGAGAGCUGUUAAAUUCCAGCCCAAGCCUAAGGCACAAAUUGAUAGACUGACGAAAGAUCUAGUUAAAGCUGCUUCUCAUCUACCUCUGAAGCUUCCUUCUGAAAAUCAAUGUACGACUGGGGAUGGCUCAAUUCAUGCUGAAGAACCUGACACCGAUUCUGAUGUUUUGAAUAUGAGGCCUGAUGACAAUUUUUCUUUAGAUUCUUCCGAGUAUCAACCUGAUGCUGUAGACUUUGAAGAUACAGAUACAUUGAUGCCUGAAAAUUUACUGCAACAGGUAAGUGGGGAGGACCACGGUGAAACGAAUUCUAAUGAUGCAUUAGGCUCUUUUGCCAAAUCAGUAGAUAAAGGAUUUUUGUCAGGAUUUGAAGGAAAUGAAAAUGGAUAUGAACUGCUAAAUGGAAUCAAUGGUGGGUUUAAUGACAAUAACAGCUCUUACGACAGAGCACCUGAUAAAUCAGCUCCAAAUAGGGAUGAAAACAAUGAUGGCGACCAUUUAGCAGUAGAGACUUCGCAAAAGAAAAGACCACGAAAGUCUAAGAAAGUUGCAGCUGAAAAUAAAAAACCAGCUAGAAAGAGGAAGAAGGCAGCACAGGAACUUGAUAAACCUAUUGAAAAACCUCCAAAGAAGUUCCCUCGUGCAACUCGAAGAAAAAGAAUCGUGGACAAGGCCUUGCUUGAAGUACCAGAGGAUGAGUUGGACCUUCAAAGGGUGCCGAUUAGGGAUUUGAUCAUACUUGCAGAGUAUAAAGAGCGCCGAGCCAGGAAAGAAGCAGCAGCAGAUAUGCCACCACCGACUAGUGAGAGGAUUGAGGACUUGCCACCAGAGGACCCUCCUUAUUAUGAUGAUAACGAGACAUAUGGUUAUGAUCAAGAUGGAGAGACUUUUGAUAAUCCUUCAACCUUUGAGGUUCAAAAAGAUACAGGCUACUUUAAUUAUCACUCAUUCAUGACAAAAGAACCCAGAAUGAGAUGGACAAAGCAGGAUACUGAAUUGUUUUACAAGGCUCUCAGCCAAUUUGGGCCUAACUUUUCAAUGAUACAACAACUUUUCCCUGGGCGCACUCGGAAUCAAAUCAGAUAUAAAUAUAAAAACGAAGACCCUUUGAGACUUCAUGAUGCUUUGACUAGCAGAACACAAGAUCUUUCAUACUUUAAGCUGGUAAUUAAGAGGCUGGAAGAACAAGCUGCACAAGAUGCAAAGAUGGAUAAGGAUGAUUCAGUUUGCAUAACAGGCGAGGAAGAAGGGCCAGAGGAAGUUCUCAACACUUAUGACGAUGUUGUAAAUUCCAAGCAGAAAGAAGAAGGCGGAGCUGCUGAUCAAGAGCCAAAUAAGCGCCAAGUCGAAAGACCUCCCAAGUCUUAUUACAGUGAAGAAGAGGAAAUAGACUGGAGUUCAUAUAAAAGUGAAUUAUAGCAUUCAAACAGAUACACCUUUUCAAUUAUUAAUAAUAUGAUGAUGAUAAUGAUGAUGAUUACACCUUUAGUAUGUGGUUGUUUCUGGCUUGAUAGA